AUGAUUUUGAUUACUGAUCAAUGAUUGUGAAUUUGUAGAACCGUUCAGGGCUUUCACCUCUUCCUCCAGAACCAGUUGCUUUCAACAAUGGUUGUGAUGCAAAUCAUGAUAUCUCUCUUGCUAUAGUUACUAGACCCAAUUUUAAGGAAUUGAAGAGGAAAGGGAGGGAGAUUGGCCAUGGUAGUUGAACGUAACCAACAACAGGAGGUAUAUCACGGAGAUUGAACUUGUGAAACAUGCAGACUCUUACAAGUUUCACUGAUCUGUUUCUUUUAGGAUAUACAACACAGGAAGUGAAGCAGGAAAGAAGAGGAUUUAGCAAGAGGUAACUUGCAGUUUAUGCUAUAGUUUGUUGAUUACUCAUAAUAUCCACGUAGUGGCCUGUUUCUAUUUCCUUUUAUGGUCAAUUAGCCUUUCAUUCGUGCCAUGACAAUCUAGAACUUUCCUUGUGAUUUUUUGUUCUGCAGAUUGGCCACCAUUUGCCCCAGUUGUUCAUAAUGAUAUUGCAAAUGAUAUGUUGAUUUAUUGACAAAAGUUGAUGUUUAUUGCCCUUCCAUCAUUCUUAGGAUUGGUUAUGUGCUUUUUCUGGAAUGACAUAAUUGCUACUGUAGCAUGCAUCAAAGGGGAAAGAUGGAAGCAUCAUACUGGGGAAUUGGAUCUCGUCUUCCCAUCAUGAUGAUAGUUCGCAACAUCUUACAAGAACUAAAGAUCAACCAUUACUGUUUUGAACAUAUACACAAUUGUCAAAAUAUCAAAAACAUGUUCAUAUAUCUAUUUAUGCCUUAUGGUGAACAGAAGGGAAAAACUCUUGACAGGAAACAGAGAUUUGACGCUAAAGAUUUUGCUGAUUGUGUUUUCAUUGGUUUUUACUCGGACUAUCUAAUACAUGUAAUGAGAUUAU